AUGGUCGUCACCGAUUUCUACUCGCUUCCGAUGGUCACUCAAACCGGGACCCUCCUGAACAAUUAUCUGGGUGCAAUGCUCCCCAAAUGGGGAUGGGGAACUCGUGUUUAUUUAUUUUUGGAUGUUUACUAUGCACAUACUUAUUUGUAUUUUGCAUGGGCGUCUGGAAUUUGCCAAGCAAUGUGCGUAUCUCUUCUAGCUACCAACCGAGUCUCCGCCAUUCUUUUCCCUUCAAAGCAUUCUAGAAUGUGGACAUCCACGCGCCUCCGAAUUGCCAUAGCCAUUCAAUUUUUGCCGGGACUUUUUGCUGGAAUCGCCACAUUUUUCAACGAAACUCAAUUAUAUCGAAAUUCUAAAAAUGGAGUCGUCCCAAGGUUCAAAAGUGAAAUUUUCAUUGGUGUACUUUUCGGAAUCGCUGGGCUGUUCUUGGCAAUUGUGUGCAUUUAUUUGAUUUUGGCUUAUUGUUAUUUGUUGUUCAUGUUAAGAAAGAGUAGUAAUGCUAUUAAAUCCUCCCAUUUUGCAAAAUCCCGUGCUGUUAUCAAGAAAAAAGAAGUGAAACUUUUCAUCAUGAGCAGUAUUACAGUAACUAUUCAAAUUUCUAUUCUGGUCCUGGUGAUUAUUUAUGCAACGUCACUAUUGAAUUUCCCGCUGGAUACAUUUUAUUUAUGCUAUAAUGCUAUCAGCGAUCUGUACGCUGGAAUCAAUCCAUAUCUUCUCUGGAUUUUCUCGGAUUCCCUCCGAAAACAUAUUUUCAUUCGCUUGGGUUUAAAGAAGAGAAGACGAGUGGCCAGCUCUUCUGUGGUUACUGUAAAUCAGUGA